CUGGUCCGUACGGGUUGGAAUAUAUAUUACUGUGCCGGUUCUAUGCCACUGGCGGGCUUGCUCUGUCCGCUGUCAAUCUGUGACCCACCCUUCAAGCAGUCACUUGCCAUGCCGCUUUUCAACAAGAAGUUCGAGUCCAAGCCGAUUCCAGUUCGCCAGGGCCGGUGCAACAUUGGACAUCCGGUGGUCACCGAGGAUAUCGACGACUUCCGCCAGAUAUCCCUGACGCUGGGCAACAAGGAGCUGCGCUUCGCGGACGGCAUUUGGAUGCACUCCGCCCGGAAGGGUGAUGUCGAGGACAUGGUGAGGCUCAACAAGAAGUUCCGAGCCCUCGAGGAGGAGAACAACAUGUGCAACCUGAAAAUAGAGGUGAUGCUGGAUUUGUUGGCCGAGCAUGCCACGGAACUCAAUGAACUAAAGCCCAAGGAGAAGUGAAUGAAACCUUAAAAUAAAUUUUAAAAAUUAAAA